AUGAUGGAUCCCCUUGACACCAAGCACGACGUCGCCCACCACGAGAUGCGUCCUUCACGCCCCAAGUCCGGUGACAACGACUCUGCCAGCUCCCUGCCACCCUCCACAGUUACCAAGCACGACGAUGUCGCCGCCGCCGUCCUCGGCCGCGGAACCGGCCCGGUCCGCCUCACCGAGGAGGACAGCCGUCGCAUCUGCCGCAAGACGGACCGCGUCAUCCUCGUCAUCCUCGUCUGGGUCUACUUCCUCCAAAUCCUCGACAAGUCCGUCCUCGGCUAUGGCGCCACCUACGGCCUCAAGGAGGACACGGGCCUGACCGGCAACCAGUACUCCCUCGUCGGCUCCAUGGCCGCCAUUGCCCAGCUCGCCUGGCAGCCAUUUUCCUCCUACCUCAUCGUCAAGGUGCCUCAUCGCAUCCUCAUGCCCUGUCUGUGUCUCGGCUGGGGCAUUGCCCAGGCCUGCAUGGCUGCCAGCAGGAACUUUAGCGAUCUCUUGGCCACCCGCUUCUUCCUUGGUCUCUUCGAGGCUGGCUGCUUGCCGCUCUUCAGCAUCAUCACCAGCCAGUGGUAUCGUCGCGCCGAGCAGCCCAUCCGAAUCGCCGCGUGGUAUGGCACAAACGGUCUUGCUACCAUCAUUGCUGCUGCUCUGUCGUAUGGACUGGGACACAUUAAAUCUGACCUUCUCAAAGAGUGGCAAAUCAUCUUUUUAUUUGUUGGCCUCCUGACUAUUGUUUCUGCCCCCUUUGUCUACUGGAAACUCGACAACGACAUCCCCUCCGCCCGCUUCCUCACUGAAGACGAAAAAGUCCAGGCCAUCGAACGUCUGCGCGCCAACCAGACCGGCACCGGCAACCGCGAGUUCAAGUGGAAGCACCUCAAAGAGGCCGCCCUGGAGCCCAAGUCGUACAUCUGGAUGGCCAUGGCCAUGCUGCUCAACAUUGGUGCCAGUGUCGCCAACACGUUUGGCCCCCUCAUCAUCAACGGCCUCCACUUUGACAAGUACACAUCCAGCCUGCUGAACAUGCCUUUUGGUGCCCUACAGGUUAUUGUCAUUCUUCUCGCUAGUUACCUGUCGCAAAAGGCCAAGGUCAAGGGCGCCAUCCUUGUGCUCUUUAUGCUGCCCGUCGUCGCCGGCCUGGCCGUGCUCUACUCGGUCAAGCGCGACACCUCGGCCCGCGCCGCCCUGCUCGUCGGCUACUACCUGCUUGCCUUCCUCUUUGGCGGCAACCCCCUCAUUGUUACCUGGAUCGUCGGCAACACGGCCGGCACCACCAAAAAGUCAGUCGUCAUGAGUCUCUACAACGCCGCCAGCUCGGCCGGCAAUAUUGUCGGCCCUAUCCUUUUCAACAGCGCCGAUGCCCCCGAGUACAAGCCCGGCCUGCGCGCCUGUCUCGGCAUCUUUGUCACCCUCGUCGCCGUCAUCUUUCUCCAGUGGGCCAACCUCGUCAUGCUUAACAAGCUCCAGGAGAAGAAGCGUGUCGCCAACGGCAAGGAGGCCAAGGUCGUCGAUCACUCCAUGCAGGAGCACUACCACGACAUUCAGUCCGAGAAUGAGGCGGCGGCCGGCGAACAAGGGGAUGCGGAGCCGCGUCUGGGGCAGAAUGCAUUCAAGGAUCUCACCGACAGGGAAAAUGACGAAUUUGUGUAUAUCUAUUAG